CCAUCCCUCUCCUCACGCCUCCUCCUCCCCAUCUUCCCCCGUCUCUGCCUCUCUGUUUUCUGCACGGCAGUCUCCUCAAACGCGCGUGCAGUUUUUUUGGCUGGGUUUUGCUCAACAGUGUCUGCCUUUUUCGCGGGCUUGACGUGGGACUUUCCCGAGCAGCCAGCGGGCGCGCAGGGUCGCGUUCUGCGCUCGAAAAAAAGAGUUCGGGAGUCGCAGCGCGGACGACAUGGCCUCCGCGAAUGGCACCCGCACGCCGCCCGACGUCGCCAUGGGGGACAAGACGUCGCCAAACCCCGCAGACAAGAAGCGCAAACGCGACGAAGAUGCACGUGCAUCUGCCACCCUCGACUCGCGCGCCUCUCGAAGCGUGAAUGCUCAGAAAGAUAUCCUCGACAUCUUGACACCGCGUGAUACGUCCCCCUCCUUCCUCAAUCAUGCUCUCGAUAGCAGCAGCGCGACAAGCGAGCGAUCCCCGAAGAAAGCACGCCUCUCCGAUCCCGACAGCAACAACACCAUCGCCUCCAAACUAUCGAGUGGCUCCUACACAUCGCUGCAAGCGCUACGAUCCGAUGCGGAACACGUUGCCGCCAAUCUGACUUCAGUCAUCCGGUCGAGGGCGAAAGAGCGCGACGACAAGAGUGGAAGUCUUCUCGUCGAUGAUCUGAAGCAGAUCCAACGCGCGCAAGCCUUCGAGCAGUUCGUCAAGAAUGUUGUCGAACAGGAGACUCGAUACAAUGCGAUGCACGAAGAGCGUGAUUCGCAGCCCAAGAAGGAGAACGGAAAUGCGCCUAAUGGUCAUCCGCCUAGUAACAAUACUGCGGCUGGAGCUGCGGCGAGGUACGGCUCGGUUCUCACGCUUUUCGGCAAUGCACCGACCCCGAAACAACUCUUCUCCUCCAUGCAGACCGCACCGCCGGGCAAGGCGGACACUUCAAUCAAAAUCGAGUUGCCCGUGGAGGAAAUGAGCCUGCCCGCCGGCAUUUCAGCCACGCAGAUCAUGUCUGUGCCAGCCAACAUUGGCAAGAAGGGUCCGACGUUCGAGGAAGCUUUCCCACCUCCUUACAGCCUCCCUGCCCUCAACCCUCCAAAGGCGCAUCGGCGCUCGGCUGCUCGCGAUGAGGUGGUGAAGUGGGAGUUUCAGAAUCCGCUGUCCGCGAGGAAUAAGAAGGGCGGAUAUACUGUGCAAAGUCUGGCGGUCGGCGAAUGGCUGGAUUACGGAGGCCCUGACUCCAAAGACGAGGUGACGUCGCCGCGAGAGAAGCGCAAACAGCGGGAUCGAGCAUUGAGUAGCGGGCAAGGCUCAGCGCCGCCUCCCAGCAAAGCGGCCCAAGAGGACGCAUUGGCUAAAGAAGAAGAGGCCUUGUUUUGGAAGGCUUAUUCAAGCUUCGCCCCAUCGUGUGACAACAGCAAAGCGCUCGUGCCGGAGGAGGUCAAGAGCAUGGUGUGGUGGCACAAAAUUGGUCAGAAGAAAUAUCAAGAAACGUUCGCUUUGGAUCCGGCACUUGCGGAUGGGCUUGUCAUCGCUCCGCCACAACCACUGCCAGAGGAGCAGGACGACGACUUCGCCGCAGUCGUGGAACAAUACGACGGAUUCGACGAGGAACUGCCCGAGGCCGACUCGGCUCGCGACAAGGCUGACGUCGAUCAAGUCCUGGACCACAUUUCUGAGCUCCUCGAAACCCUGGCUUCGCACCAACGUCUCCGCAAUGCUUCGCUGCAGCCUUCAUCCUCGACAACUCGAACUCCCGUCAGUCCUGCCACAUCUCUUGCGUUGCGCAUCGGUCGUCCCGACUCUCCAAGCGACGAGGAGAUUUCGACAUAUCACGCCCUUCGUCGCGAGCUUGCAUAUCUUAUCUUGAAGCUGCCUCCAUACGCGGUGGCCAAGUUGAACGGGGAUCAGUUAGACGACCUCGGAGUACGCCAACUGGUCACUCUAGAAGGGAGGAAUGUGCAAGGGACCUUGGAAGAAGACCAAGUGGCGCGGCUGGCCAAGUACACCGCAGCGGCCACCGCUCACGGCAUCGCCGCCCUCACCCGACCGGGUUCCGCCAACCAGCACUACAGCAGUACAAACCAGCGCACGCCUGCAAUCGGGCAAGCAGCCAAUACUCGUUAUGGGCAGUCGGUGCAGUAUGGCAGGACUCCCAUGUCUCAGCCGCAAUACAACCGAUCACUCAGCAACCAGCAAUCGUACGGCACCCCGACCGCAUCCGCCCCAAAGCCAGCAUACAGCCAGUCGAACACGUACACCGCGCAACAGUCCGGCUACAACCAGCCCAACGGCGGCAAAAUGUACUACGGCGGUCGUCAACUCGCGCAAACACCAUCCAUGUACGGCAAAUACGGCGCCCAGUAUCCGUCAGCCACCACACCCGGCAUUCCUCAGCAUCAACAACAACAACAACAAUCACGACCCAGCUACCCCACCUCCACCUCCUCCCAACCCCUCGCCCAAUUCCAGCAACGCUCCUACUCCGCCGCGCACAACGCGGUAGCAUAUCAAUCCAACUCCCAAGGCCAACAGGGCAGCCCCUACAACCGCACCGCCUCGCCCUUGAAACCCGCGAAUUACCAGCCGCCGUUGCAGCCUUCGCCUGUGCCGAGGGCGCAGCAGCAGUUUCAGCCUCCGCCGCUUGGGGGCCAGCAGGCUGGGUUGGAGAGGGUGGCGACGCCGGGGAGUUAUGGGGGCCAGUCACAAACGCCUGUCAAUGGAAUUGGGCAGCCGCCACCGACUCCGCAGCAGCAGCAGCAGGGUAAUGCCGUCAAUGGUCAAGUCUGAGGAUGUGGGAAGUCAUUGGUGAUUGAUUGAUCGAGCUGGGCGUGGGCGUGUCAUGUCUAUGCGCUUGGUGUGGCAGCCUGGAUAUCCGAGGAUCGAGCAGAGUAGAGCAGGAGUAGUUGCGUGUUUCAAAAACGUUGAUUCAAAUACCGUUUUACCCCGACGCAGCCUUUCCCCUUUCCGUAUUCCCAUGCAUGCUCGCCACGGAAACUGGCCAUCCCGUCAUCUCUAAUGCAUUCGGAAGGGGAAGAAACGAUUAAAGAUUCGAGCAAAAUUCCGAUAGCGCUGUCGAUCCUGAUCUAAAUACUCCGCCUAAACCAAUCGCGUUCUCCCCACGUUUGGUUGCUCCGCGG